UCCUAUGUAUGUUGUAUAUAUAGCUUAACAUUUAAAGGCUAUAUUUGAUUAAAUGAUUAUUCGAAUGUUAUUACAACCAUAACACGAAUUUUCAAAUAUAUUGCAUAUUAUACUUGAAAUAUAAAUAGUAGAACAAAAAUCACUAUAUGAACGCUCUUUUUACAUAUAGUGAAAAAUGAAUCUAAGCUAAACAUGGUUAUGAAAAUCACCCAAAAUCGCGGGAAACGCUUCGUGUUUCUCCUUACAGGCCCGCGUAAGGUUCAGUUAUAAUUUUCGAAUAUUAAUAGAGAAAAUUGUUUAUGCAAAAUUAAAUUUAUUCCCGUAAGAGUUGACAUAAAUUGCGUGUCGAUUCGUAUACAUUGAAUAACUGUAUGCAUUGGUUUUCUAAGAAAUAAAGUAACCCUUGAAAAUCGGCCAUCGCGGCUAUUUUCAGCGAUAAUGGAAAUUGUUUUCAAUGCGUGAGCCCUUUAUACAAAGAUAAUACAGUUGAUAUUGUGUUAAUUGCUAAAAAAGUGUAUAAAGUUUAAUAAUAUUGAAUUACUUUUGUCCUUGACAAACGAUGAUGGUAAAUUAGUUAAUAAACUAUGAGCACUAUCAACGGAGUGAAUAGCAAGGUGGACAUAAUUGUUGAAUCAAGAUUCGACGAAUUCGACAGAAAUUUGGACAUCAGGAACAACGAUUUUGAAAACGAUAAGAAGGACUUAAGUGUUAAUUCUAAUAGAACUCCGCCCGGUAGAAGUCGUUAUGGCAGAACAAUAAAACCCAAGUCUCCUAAGAAUGAGGUUGCCAGUUUUCCAAAGAAUUCUAAGCUGCAAAGGACAUCGAAAUAUCACAAUUUGUCCGAUAGCAGCAACGAGAGUACGGAUGAAAAUAAUAUAAUUAACGAUAUGGAUGACACAAGUGAUUCUUCUACGAAUUUUAACGCAACAGAGGAGGGUACUAUAAAAUUGGUCAGCUCAUCUGUGCAGUGUAAUUGGAUAUUAGGUCAGUUAGCAUGGGCCAGAGUCGGUAAUUUUCCUUUCUGGCCUUGCGUGAUAACGCUUGAUCCAGUUCUAAUGAUAUAUCACAGGUUGAAAGCUACCGGUAGGUCACAGGUGCUAAUGAUACACGUUCAAUAUUUCGGCGAUAAAGGACGUCACAGCUGGGUUUCUUCAAAUUCUAUGAUUCCAUUUACAAAUCUGGCAGAUUUUAAAAAAUUAUCCGAAUCAAUAACUAUAGAAAUUAAAAAAAGAGACGCAAAAUAUGCUGCCGCAUUCGUUGUAAAGCCAGGUAUAAAAUCAAAAUGGGAAAGCGCGAUAGAGGAAGCUAUGGAAGUUCACUCGAUGAGCAACGAAGAUAGAGCCAACAUUUUUAAACCGAAAGAAAACAGCGCAAAAAAUAGAUCCGUAAAAGCAUUAGACGACAAGGAUAAAAUUAACAAAAGGAAACACUCGAGCGAUUCGAGCGAACCCGAUAUUAAGCGUCCUAAAGAGGAAAAUAUGUACGAGUUAGAUAAAUCGCAAUACAAAAUAGAUGGAACAAAAUCAAAAAUAUUGAAAUAUAUAGAGAACGAUAAGAAUCAUUCGAGACUUAAUUCAGACACUCCUCCAUUGUCUCCCUCAAGUCAAAGAGAUUCCAACGACGAAGUUUCUAUUAUGCAAAAGGUCGAGUUCAAAACCGAAGAAGUAGACGGUGUUUUCGAAAUUUAUUACGAACGAAACAGGGAUAUGUUGGAAGACGAAUAUCCAGACGCGUCGGAGCACGAUAUUAAAAGGUAUUUACGGAAAACUUGGGAUACUAUGAAUUCUUCUUUUCGUAAAAAAUACCGAUCAUAUAUAACGUCAGAUGCUAAUGAUACUCACACGAAAGAAAAUUCGUCGGAUCAUGAAGCAGAUUUAUUAACAGACAUAGAUAUAACAACCAAGGAUAAUAAAAAAUCAAGAGUUAAAGCUGAAAAGGAAGAGAUAUGUACUUCGGAAACGAAAAGAAGUAGACCUUAUAAUCUUUUUAAAGGAAUGAAACAGGAAAAAGUUUGCCAAAUUUGCGAGAAAACUGGAAAGUUAACCAGAUGCAAAGGUCCUUGUUAUUCAUAUUUUCAUCUUUCCUGCGUAAAACCAGGUGAAUCCAGUCCAGAACAUUCCAUCGACGAAAGCACAAUGGACGAUAAAAUCCUUAACGAUAUAAAAGAGAUUAAAGGAGAUAAUAUCGACGAAGACGAGACUAGCGGCAAAAUCGACGAGCAAGAAGACGAGUUAUUCAAAUGUAUCGAUUGUUUGUCGGGUGUAGCUCCCGCUUGUUUUAUAUGUAACGAAAGGGAAGGAGAUAGAAUAAGAUGUUCCGUGUUAGCUUGUGGAAAGCAUUAUCAUUCAUCUUGUUUAAAGUCAUGGCCACAAUCUCAUUGGCAAGGCGGUCGUUUAACUUGUCCAUAUCACGUGUGCCACACAUGCAGUUCAGACAAUCCUCAGGAUAGCCACCCGAGAACUUCGAACGAAAAAUUGGCGCGAUGCGUUCGUUGUCCUUCGUCUUAUCACACGUCUACGUCCUGUUUACCCGCUGGUUCAGUAAUCUUAACCGGUAGUCAAAUAGUUUGUCCAAAACAUUAUCAACCAUCGCAACCCCCGGUAAACGCUGCAUGGUGUUUCUUAUGUACCAGAGGAGGAAGUCUUAUCUGUUGCGACACGUGUCCGACGUCGUUUCAUUUGGAAUGUUUAGGUAUCGAUGCACCAGACGGUGCGUUUAUUUGCGAAGAUUGCGAAACAGGUAGAUUACCUUUGUACGGAGAAGUAGUAUGGGUAAAACUUGGCAAUUACCGCUGGUGGCCAUCCCGUAUUUGUUAUCCUCACGAAAUUCCUGAAAAUAUAGAAGCGCUUCCCCAUAGUCCUGGUAAAUUUUGUGUAAUGUUUUUGGGAUCAAAUAAUUAUUAUUGGAUUCAUAGAGGUCGUGCUUUUCUUUACCAAGAUGGUGAUGCGACUAUAAAACCAUCGAUCGGGAAAAAAAACAAUAGAGACGAUACUUAUCGUAAAGCUCUAGAGGAAGCCAACGAAGUUCAUCAACGGUUGAAAAUCGAAAGAGCCGCUGCCAAAGAUCAUGGACCACGAGGAUUAAAACCUCCGCCUUACGUUAAGUUAAAAGUGAAUAAACCGGUUGGCAAUGUAAAACCAGCAGAAGUCGAAAGUAUCGUCGCUUGUGAUUGCGACGCAGAAUGGAAUAAUCCGUGUGCACCGGGAACAGAUUGUCUGAAUCGGAUAUUGUUAGUCGAAUGUAGUCCCGGUAUUUGUCCAGCCGGCCCUAAAUGCAAUAAUCAAGCGUUCGUGCGAAGACAAUAUCCGGCUAUGGAACCAUUUCAUACGGUAGCUCGAGGUUGGGGUCUUAGAAGUUUAGAAUUUAUUAAAGCGGGACAGUUCGUUAUCGAAUAUGUAGGUGAAGUUAUAGACGAAGCCGAAUACAAACGAAGAUUACAUAGGAAGAAGGAACUAAAGAAUGAGAACUUUUAUUUUUUAACCAUAGAUAAUAAUAGAAUGAUCGAUGCCGAACCAAAAGGGAAUUUAAGUCGAUUCAUGAAUCAUUCGUGUUCGCCGAAUUGCGAGACACAAAAAUGGACAGUAAACGGAGAUACGCGUAUAGGUCUGUUCGCGUUAUGCGAUAUCGAACCCGGUGAAGAAUUAACUUUCAAUUAUAAUUUAGCUUGCGACGGCGAAACACGGAAACCUUGCUUGUGCGGUGCGCCGAAUUGUAGCGGAUUUAUAGGUUUAAAGGUUCAAAAGCCGCAGGCAACAACACCGUCGAUUCAACAAAAAAAACUCGAGAAAUUUGACAAAAUGAAGCGUCAGAAGAGAUCAAGAAAACAUGUACCAUGCUGGUGUUGCGGACAAGAUAUCGAAAAAUCGGAAGAUUCCGUGAUUUGCGAUCAAAAAACGUGUAACAAGAAAUAUCAUAAAAUUUGCGUUAACAUCGACGACACAGAUUCGAGAUUCAGUUGUCCUUGGCAUCAUUGUAGAGAGUGUGGUCGUAGAACAUCUGCUCAUUGUUCGUUUUGUAGCGCUGCAUUUUGCCAAGUGCAUCUAGAUGGACGUCUAUUCGAAUACGGUGAAAAGGGUGGUUUUAUUUGUAAACUCCACGAAAACAUGGACAUUCAGAGAUCGGCUAUCGAGGAUGAGAAAGAUUAUUCGGACAACGAUAUCGAAACGGAUAAAGAAUAUUCUUCUACGGAUUCCAAUAGUCCACUAAUAACGGCCGAAAAAUCAAUGCCACGUGAACCAUCGCCAAGAGUUUCCAUAGUAGAGGUUCAUCCGAGCAGCGAAGAAAGCGAAGAAUCUCAAAAAGAGGACGAAGAAGAAGCAACGCAGUCUGAUAAUUUUGAGCUGUGCGAAUAUAGUAGUUCAAAAAGUAUAAAGAGAAAAACGUUACACCGAUUAUCUCUGAGGUUGAAGAAAGAAAAUCAAGUGGUAGAGCAAUUAAAUAAUCUUACAUCUAGUCAGCUUGAGGCCAUAAUCGGUGGCAGUCUAUUCGAAUGAACUUUCAUUGAUUAAGCUUGAAUAAUAAAACAUACUUUAACGUACGUAGCUUCGAAUUUUCACACGAUCAGUAAAUUAUUUCAGUUGUUCAAUGACACACAGGGAAGAUACUCGACGAACAUCGGAUAACAGUAUUUGUAACUAUACACGUUAUAUUGUUCAUUCCAUGUCAAAGGGAUCAGUUGAAUAACGAAUUUUAAUAAAUUCCAACUUUAUCGUCGAGAGAAUAAAGUUUGUUUCAAACGUAACGAAAUUAUUGUGUACCCCUAUACAAUAUAUAUAUAUAUAUAUAUAUAUAUAUAUAUAUAUAUAUUAUACACGAUGUAAUCUGUAUAUAUUAUGUUUUUAACAAUUCAACCGUGUAUUUUAUACGAAUAUAAUCGCGUUUAAAAAUCAUUUCUCGCGUUUCUUAUUUUUUGGUAUCGCGUGCGUACUUUUCGAAGGGAUAACUAUCGAAAAAUACCUAAUUGUAUGUCUAUUCGUUUACACGUAUAUCUCGUAUGCAUGACUUUUGGUAAUGUUACAUGAAACAACUUCUAGAUAUCGUCAAAAAUCACAUGUCGCCGUUAUUUAUCUAAUCGGAUUGACAUGGAAUACUUUCGAUUAUCUACAAAUAAAUCGAUAUCGAAACGAAGUACGCGCAUAUUAUAUACACGUACAAGUUAUUUAUUUCAUUUUUAUAAAUAUAGAUGGAAAUAUUUAAGUUAAAAUUAUACGAAUUUAGUGCCUUGUCCUUUAAUGCUUAUACGAAUCAACUUUCAAAGGCUCGAUAUUUACUUACGCGUAAUUUAUAUUAUUUUUUUUUUUUACAUCGAAAAUUUUAUUCAUUGUAUAGUUAAUUUUAUCGUUAAAUUACUACGAUCAUUAUCAUUAUCAUCGUCGAUUUACGAAAUAAUUGUAUUUUUGAAAGAUAUAGUAAACAUUGUCACACUGCCUUGGAAAUUUUCGAAAGUUUAAAAGUAUUUAUUAUUAAUACUUAUUUUUAAGAGUAUUUACUAUUAAGGUAUCGAUUAAAAGUAUAUUUUUAUCGACCAACAUAUAAUUAAUAUCGAAUAGAAUUUUUUCCUUUUUCAAUAAAAAAUAAUAAUUAUUAGGUUACCACAAACUUAUUUUUUUCAACAUACAUCGAGAAUUCGAGAAUUGUAAAUACGAUAGAAAGAAGUCUCUUUAAUCGCGAGACAUAAAUCUUUUUCGUUCGGCGCAAAAUAAGGAAAGAAAAUGUUGGGUUAAAUGAAAACGCAUCGGCACUUAUAAUUAAUCAUCGUUGCUCGUAUCAUUUAUUGUUGUUGUCAUGCUAUUAAACAAAUAAUGAUUUAUA